UUUUUGUGCGCAACGCAGAUUUUCUGUGCGCAGAGACCGUGCCAGCAGUGCGCAAUUGCGCACGUGCGCAGCUUAGAGGGAACAUUGAUCUCAGCUCUUCAGCUCUGCCUCACAUGUUUUUGUCAGAGCCAAGUCUCCAGUCUCCAAACCUUACAUCAUAGCAGGCCUCACAACCAUCUUGUAAACUUUCUUCAUCUGAAAAAAUCAGACUUGUCAAUAAGGGCUGUAUUGAUGGAGUGAAAUGACUUUAAGUUCCACAACACCUUGUAGCUUGCUUCUGACAGGAGUUUAAAAAGCUGAGGACAUAUAAUCACACUUCACUGCCUAUUUAAAAAAACGCUUCUUUUCUUUUUUUGCAUAAAGAUAACAAAGUGAAGCACAGUCAAAUUCCUUGUUAGUUUGCACAAACGUCUCAUUCUGAUGUCAUUACAGUCUGUACUCUAAAAUGCUGUUACAACUAUGUGUCUUCUAGCAUCAAAUCUUAAUACUUCAUAUGCAUGUAACAUGAGGUUUUUCCAGAAAUAUAAAGAAAAAAAUAUGCACAAUAGCCCAUAAUUUAUAGAAACAAUUUGACUAACCCUUGUAUAUUGAAUACUGACCUCUGGUGGUCCCCAGAAAAGUAAUAUUAAUAAAGUCCCGAUGUACUAAAUAGAGGCUUUCCCAGGCUUUCCAUUGGUGCUUCAUGUGUUUGGGUGGCCUCUUUCAACUCCAGUGAGGAAGGAAAUCACAAAAAAGUUCAAUGGGAAGAUUCUUUUUUCCUCAUUUCUCAGGAGAAAAGUCUAAACAGGAAUUUCAGAAAUUUCAAGGAAAAAUAGAACAUCUAAUCUUUCAGUUUAUCCAGAAAAAUGAAAAUAUAAAAUCGCUACAUGUAUAUGUAUGGUUUUCAUUGGCUGUGAGGUGAAAAGUGAACGGGUAAAGCUGUGGAGUAAAAAGACAGAUAUUUAGUUAUGAGAUUAGUGAAGCAGAUAUGUAAAGUUGAACAAAAUGAAACAAAAGUAAAAUACAAGUACACAAAAUUUGUAUAGCUGAGGUACAUUUUAGGUAAAAAAUACCACUAAAUUUGGAGGAAAAAUCAGCUACAUGUAAAAUAUCAGUGUCUGAAUAACAUCUUAAAGAAUACAGCUGAUAUAAAUAUAUAUUUCUGCUGUUAUUGGGAAAAACACUGAUGAUAUUUGCAGAUAUUUAAACCCCUUGAAUCUCAUGUAGAAACAGAUUUAUCCUCUAAGGCAGUUGUUUUUUAAUCUGAGGGUUUUCUAAGGAAACUACCUUUCACCUUUAUCUGAGUCCAACAAGUCAAGAUAAUUAGCUCUCCCCAGAUCAGGUCAGCUUAACAAGCUCUCCAUAAAUAAUGAUAAGGAGCCCAUCAUAAAAAGGGGACAAUGUACGCUAUCUGGAUACAAGAUCUGUUUUCUAAAAUGGUUUAGAUAGGCAUUAUUUGAAGACUGCACCCUGAAUGAUACAGCUCUUUCUCUUUUCUUUUUAUGCCAUAAAAAUCUAAGACUAUUAAACUCACAAUGGUCUGUGCUGUAGCUAUUUAGUACAUGUCACUGUAAAACUUAAACAUAUAAGCCUUAAUAUAUAAUAUACUAUUACUGUCAGUGUGUUAACUUCAGUAGGUACGUUCUUUUUAUUUCCCAUAACCCUUUUAGAGAAAUUUGUACAUUUUUUGUGUAACAUUUAGUAUUUUGCCAUGAUUAGAAAUAAUUAAACUCCUCCUUACAGUUUGAAUUAAAAAAAAACACUUGAUAAUAUCAGUGUACUUUCUAUUUCUAGCACGUACUCUGUAAUAUCUACUGUAAUGUUGCACAUAAGUCCCUUACAGUAUUUAGAUCUACUAUAUACAACAGACCCAUGCAUAAAAUUGAUUCAGCUGUUUAUUGUAUACUGUUAUUUAUUGUUACAAAACAGUACAUGCAACUCUAUGUCUCUGAAAGAUGUGGUUGGUGUUCUUAUGUUAAACAAAAUCAUACUCAUCAAAAUGUAUCACAUUAGGUCACAUGACAGAUGGUUUUUAAUGCCUAAUUCACUUUGAUGCGAUCAGUUACAACAUUAUCAAAAACAGAACAACUGUUAAAUGAAACAUUUCUCCUGCUGUUUUGAAACAACAACAUAAAGGCAAACAUAUAAUGCCAUACUUAUACUUCUAUAUUUAUGAAGUGCAUAUAUUUCAUAUUUCUAUUUUCUUUAAAAUAAGUUACGGUUGUUUUGGAUUGUCAGACAAAUGUUGAUUUAGUGCAGAGAGUCCUCAGACUUUUCUAUCAUGAACCAAAAAGGUUCACACCUAUCCCGUCAAUUUCCCCUACUUAUCUUCCCCCACCCGCAGUGGCUGGAUUGCCCACCAGUGGGGGUCAUUCCACUAAUUUAUUGGUCCUUUUAUCCAAUGCUGUCACCUUCUACGCGACAAUCGGGUGUCCUGGUGUCUUGUUUUGUUUUAAACAACAUCACAACAUCACAUUUAUGUUCAUGUCUUUUGUGCAUGAAAAGUAUCGAAUCCCAAUUGAACAAAAACGUGCACUACGUCCAGUUCUGCAAAGGAACUGCUUUCAAAUCUUGAUUUAUUGAUCAUAUUUUUUUAAAACUUUAAAAUGUUCUUCAUUUUUAUUUCCAAAAUGAGUAGAUGUUUUCAAUUUCUCAAGGUCUGCAUGGUUUUUUAUCGUAUAAACAAGGGAAUGCAUGAUAACGAUCAUCAAAAACACAAGGCAAUGAAAGAAACAGGUUUAAAUAAACGCACAAAAACAAAAUAAAAAUAUAUAUAUCAUUUUUUUUUUUUUUAAAGCCACAGAAUCAAAACUUUGAUUGGCACCUAACAUACAUGAUACGAAGUAAAGUGCUGUUUCCAGCCCAACUCAUGUGCAAGUUUAGUUGAACCAAUUGGAGCGGUGAUAGUGGAUUUCCAGUCCGAACAGUGUUUACCUCUAAGAAGUUAGUUUUUCAGCAAGUUCUGCAGGUCUGCACAUUCUAGAAAAUGUGAUACAACCUUAAAACGUGUAUGUAGACUCUGUCAUUAAUUACAAAAGUCUAAAUUGCAGCAGCAUAUAAAUCUAUUCCAUGAAGAUGUUUUCCUUUUAAGAAUAGAGAGGCUUAUUGAUUUUUGGCUAGUCUUUGCAAAAUCAUUUUAUGGUUGGGCAGAGUCCUUUAAGAAAUAGCGCUCAUAAAGAAUAAAUGCCAGGGUGCACCGCAUCUACCAACGUCACAAAAACAUGUUAUAACAGAGUGAGAAUAAAAUAAUUAAGUGAUAAACAGAAACGUUUGGAGGGUGCAGCAUCAGAAAUAGAUUUGCUCUGCUGAAUGAAACCCACUCCCGUUAUGACUCUGCAACUGCACGAGAACUACUGCAAUCGCUCUGAAAAUCGGCGCAAAGUAGAUAGAUAGAGAUGCUGAUAAAUCCUAAACUUUAACCUUACGAUAUGAAUAGUUACAAAAUUCUGUUAUGCUGCCACUUAUCACAAAAGAACAAUAAACAUCCUCAUAUCUUUCCCAUUUCUUCUCAUCUUCUGCACCAUGUCUUUUUAUCACAAAUUUAAAUGCUCACGCACCUUCACCCUGAAAGCUCAGACGAUAGCAUCUGGACCAUCGGAUGUCUUCUUUAUCUCAGCUGUGACCUUGACAUGUGAUAAGAGCAUUAAUUACAAAGUUGAUCAUGUCGUCUUGGCAUGCUUACAGACCAUCACUGGACUUGAAAGUAAUAUAUUUGUAUUUAUGUAGUGUUUUCCUAGUCCUACUGACCAUUCAAAGCACUAAAUGAAAUUUAGAUUAAAAAAAAAUAUCCAUCAUAUCAUAUCUUAUCAGGAACAUAUAGGUAUUGUUCUCUCGCUGUACCCUAUAGAUCAGAUAGUCACUUUGAUGAUGGUCUAAAGGUUCAGUAGUAGUGUGCUGUACUGGAUGUUUCCUACAUGCACUGCUCUCAAAACAAGCAACAACAGCCUACACACGCUUCUUGCUGUACUUGCUGUAAAGGGAUUGACACGAUUCAAAUCACUCAGAAUGUUUAUCUGUCGUCAAUAAAACUACAAAUUUCCAGGCGGUAUCAGUUCAAGUAUCAACGUAAGAUGAAGCACAAGUGAAGAGCUAGGUGUGGCUUAGACGUCUGGGUGGGAUUUUGUUUCUCCCAGCUCCGCUGAAUCUCCCCAGCAACCCUAUCAAAAUCUAUUUUCUGUGUUAAUUAUCAAACAGAGAAACUGGUAACUUUUGGCCGUGAUUGGCCAGCAGCAACAUCACACCAGAACACGUUUCUCCUUCUGCAGCCCUAGCACUGUAAGAUAGACAGACAGACAAACAGACAGACAGACAACAGGAGAGAUAGGACAAGCCAGACAACUCACAUCACCUCUCACCUUCUUUCCUAAUGCAUCUUCUAAUAGGAAUCAUGAUGCGUUUUGCAGCCCUCGUCAUUUUUAUAAAUAUUGUGAGUCUAUCAGAGGCCCAGCAUGAGCCAGGAUAUUGUGUUUUUUAUGAUGAGUGUGGUCGUAACCCGCUGCUAAAUAACACCCUCGUUGAUCCCAUCGUGCCAUGUCUGAAUUACACUCGUGCCCAACUCAUCACAGGAAACCACUACAAGAUACUCAAACAGGUGUGCCCCAUGUUUGACCAGGGGGAGAACAGCACAUACGCUUGUUGCACCAUCAAACAGCUGGCAUCCCUGGAAAAGAGCCUGACCCUGUCCAAGGCUGUUCUCGUCCGCUGCCCUUCCUGUGCUUACAACUUUGCUCACCUGCACUGCAUCAACACCUGCAGUCCUAACCAGAGCCAGACAGUUAAAGUCACAAAGGUGUUGAAUGUCACUGAGCUGAAUAGGACGAGGGAGGCCGUGGUGGGUUACCAGGCAUUCAUCGGCAAGACCUUUGCAGAUACCUCCUUCCAGUCAUGUAAAAAUGUCAGGAUUCCUGCCACGAUUGGAGGCUAUGCCAUUGCCACCAUGUGUGGUCGCUAUGGGGCAAAGCUGUGCACUCCCCAGCGCUGGUACGAUUUCCAAGGGGACUCAAGCAACGGUUUGGCUCCUCUGGACAUCGACUUCAAAAUAAUACAAGAAGGAGACACCACAGGGGUGCCAGAAGGUGUGGUUCCCUACGACGGGGUCGCUCUAAUGUGUAAUGAGACCACACCUACGGGAGGGGACGUUUGCUCCUGCCAGGACUGCCAAGAAUCGUGUCCGAGUGUGCUACCUCCUCCACCGGUCGCUGGCCACUUUACACUGCUGGGCACCGAUGGUUACCUUGUAAUUUCUAUCAUCUUGCUCAUUCUCCUGAUACUUUCCUUUGUCCUAUACCUCUCUGUCUCCUGUUUGGUGGCAUCUCAUAAAAAUAAAAAGAAAGGAAUACACAGAGGUAAAGGCAAAGACAAGGACAGUGAUAAAGUGACUGAGAAGAUCAUCCAUCCCUCAGAGGUGACAUGUGCUGAGACAAACAGCUUGGCUGCUCAGGCUUUCCUGAGCUCACAGUUCCGGAUUUGGGGAACCAUCAUAGCCUCUUAUCCCCUCACUGUGCUCCUCCUGUCGCUUAUUGUUGUGGCUGUUUUCUCUGUUGGCCUCAAAGACAUCAAACUCACCACCGAUCCAGUUGAACUUUGGUCUGCCCCUAACAGCCGGGCUCGCCAAGAGAAAGAAUUCCACGACACGUACUUUGACCCCUUCUACAGGACAAAUCAAGUGAUCUUGACAGCACCAGGCAGAAAAGGCCACAUUUAUGACUCACUGCUGUUUGGACCGCAAAACUUUAGCGGGAUAAUGUCCAAAGAGCUCAUCAUUGAGCUGCUGGAACUCCAGACACGAAUACAGAAUAUUGAGUUUUGGUCGGAUGAUCUGAACCGGACAGCAAGUUUGAAGGAUGUUUGCUUUGCGCCGCUAAAUCCCAACAACCCUUCCCAGACUGACUGUGCAGUCAACAGCUUGCCACAGUACUUCCAGAACAGCCUGGACAACAUUAACGCUAAAGUGUACAUGACUCAGCUGGGAGUGACCAAAGAGGUGGACUGGAGAGACCACCUCAUCUACUGCCUUGGCUCUCCUUUGUCCUUCAAAGACAUCACAGAUUUAGGUAUGAGCUGCAUGGCUGAUUAUGGAGCUCCAGUUUUCCCAUUCCUGGCUGUGGGAGGAUAUGAGAAUGAUGCAUUCAGCAGUGCUGAGGCCUUCAUCCUGACCUUCUCCCUGAACAACUAUGCUCGCAGUGACCCUAAAUUCAAAGUGGCUAUGCAAUGGGAGAAAGAGUUUCUUAAAAUUGUCCAAGAAUACCAGAAAGACCCGAAAAACAGCUUCACUUUUGCAUACAUGGCAGAGAGAUCUCUGGAGGACGAGAUCAAUCGAACAACUGCAGAAGAUAUCCCCAUCUUCAUGAUCAGCUAUGCUGUAAUUUUCGUUUACAUCGCUGUGGCGCUUGGAGAGUACUCUUCAUGGAAACGCUUAUUGGUGGACUCUAAGUUUCUGGUUGGUUUGGGUGGGAUCCUGGUGGUCGCCUGCUCUGUCCUGGCCUCAAUGGGUUUUUAUUCCUGGAUUGGCAUACCUUCCUCACUGGUCAUCCUGCAGGUCGUUCCCUUCCUGGUGCUCGCCGUGGGAGCUGACAACAUCUUCAUCUUUGUUUUGGAGUACCAGAGAGAUGUGCGGAGACCUCACGAGACACGAGAGGAGCAGAUCGGGCGUGUCCUUGGAAACGUGGCUCCCAGCAUGCUCCUGUGCAGUCUUUCUGAGUCCGUCUGCUUCUUCCUAGGGGCCCUGUCCACUAUGCCAGCAGUGAAGUCCUUUGCUCUAUAUGCUGCUUUGGCUGUGCUCAUGGACUUUGUCCUCCAGAUGACAGCUUUUGUUGCGCUGCUGUCCCUGGAUGCCCGGCGCCAAGACAACAACCGCUGUGAACUUCUCUGUUGCAUUAAAGUGUCAAAACAGCGUCCAAAAAAGCCAAAUAAGGGUUUUCUGAUGCCAUUCAUGAAGAAAUACUAUGCCCCUGUUCUACUGCACCGCUACACCAGGAUCAUAGUGAUAGUAGUUUUCAUCUUUAUGUUCUGUGGAGCCUUAUUCCUCAUGAUGAAUGUGAAAGUGGGUUUGGAUCAGGAGCUGGCUAUGCCUCAGGGCUCGUACAUGCUGACCUAUUUCCAGUACCUGAACAAGUACUUUGAAGUUGGCGUCCCUGUUUAUUUUGUAACGAAAAAGGGGUUCAACUUCACCUCUGUGGAUGGCAUGAAUGCAGUCUGCUCCAGCGUGGGUUGUGAUCAGUUCUCGCUGACUCAGAAGAUCCAGUACGCCACAAACUACCCUGAACGAUCCUAUGUGGCUAUCCCUGCGAACUCGUGGGUGGAUGAUUUCAUUGACUGGUUGAACCCCCAAUCCAAAUGUUGUCGUCUGUACACCAGCGGUCCCAAUGCAGGACAUUUCUGUCCUGCAAACGAAUCUGGUUUAAUCUGUACUAAACGGUGUCUGGGACGUCCUGAGAAUGAUACGGUGAGGCCCACUGUGGAAGAGUUCAACCUCUACCUUCCUGACUUUCUGACUAACAGGCCUGACCUGCAGUGCUCCAAAGGCGGUCUAGGAGCGUAUGACAAAGCAGUGGUAAGAGAUGAAAGUGGGGAAAUAAUAGCCUCUCGGUUCAUGGCUUACCACACGCCUCUGACCAACUCCCAGGAGUUCACCGCUGCCCUGAAGAUGGCCAGGGAGCUCGCUGACGAGAUCACCGUAGGCAUGAGGAGCGUGCCAGGCACCUCGCCUGACUUUGAAGUGUUCCCUUACACGAUAACCUACGUAUUUUAUGAGCAGUACCUGACUAUUGUGAAUGAGGGACUCUUUAACAUCUCCUUGUGUCUGCUGCCGACCUUCGUGGUCUGCUGUCUGCUGCUCGGCUUGGAUCUGCGCUCCGGCCUGCUCAAUUUGCUCACCAUUGUCAUGAUUGUUGUGGAUACAGUCGGUGUCAUGACGCUGUGGAGCAUCGACUUUAACGCAGUGGCUCUCAUCAAUCUGGUCACGGCGGUGGGCAUCUCUGUUGAGUUUGUGUCGCAUAUGACGAGAUCGUUUGCACUCAGCAUCAAGCCCACACGUGUGGAAAGAGCAAUCGAGGCUACGGCCAAAAUGGGCAGCGCAGUGUUUGCUGGUGUUGCUAUGACUAACCUGCCAGGCAUCAUUGUGCUGGCGUUUGCCAAAGCGCAGCUCAUCCAGAUUUUCUUCUUCCGGUUAAACCUCGUCAUUACACUCCUGGGGAUGGCUCACGGACUUAUAUUCCUCCCAGUGGUGCUCAGUUAUUUCGGUCCCGGUGUAAAUAAAGCGGUGCUGCUCCAGUUCCAGCAGGAAAAAGAAAAGGACAGGGAAAAGGCGGAGACGAACAGCCACAUGAGACAAGUUUAUGAUAACAUCAGCUACGAAGGCAAUGAAAUAAAACAGGACCCGUAUUCAAACACUGUGGAUGAAAGUGGUUCAAAAACAGUGGGGAAAACUGACAGGUUGUGAGCACAAAACAAAAACAGUUUUGAAGCUAAGGUCGGUAAAUUACUGUAGCAUACAGAGUAACGAUGGACACAGAAAAUGACAUUUUGGCCCCAUGUGGAAAUCAUUAACCUGCUUGUGUAUCUUUGUCCAUAAUGGAAGGUAGGACCUACACAGGUGUGCAAUACUUUUGGAGCAAUGCAACAAUGGACUAAUGCAAUGAGGUUCAGGCUUCCUGAAUCAACAUAUAGGAAGCGUAUUUGAUAGAGGCUUAAACAAAGAAUCACGAGUUAGUUAUUUUGUAUUUUUUUUGUUCAACGCUUCACAGUAGCAGUGACUGAUUCAAAUGAACACACACUCCACAGCUAUUGCAGGAAAAUGUGCAAUCAGUGAUAAAAUAUCAACUACAUUCAUUAUGUGAAUGAAUAAUCCCACUGAAAACAUUAUAGUUUUCCAUGAUUAUAAAUUGAAACUGUAAUGGUUUUACAGAAAUGUAUAUUUUUGUUGUGAUAUGUAUUUAAUAUAUUAUUUCAUCAUACACAAACACUUUUCUUUAUGUCGGUGCUGCUGCCACUGUAUGACUUCCAGGACUCACAAAACUAUCUCAUCUAAAACAUUUCUAAUACAUGUUAGGAUUUUUUUUUAAGUUUUGGCCAAUUUGGGUCCUGAAAUGUGUGUGUUUGUUUUGUUUUUUUCAAAUAGUAAAAAAAGAAUAAAUCAAGGACUCUUCGAACUUUUUGUCAU